AAUUGGACCUCCUGGCCCCCGGGGUGAAGAUGGUCCUGAAGGUCCCAAGGGUCGCUCAGGCCCCAAUGGAGAUCCUGGUCCUCUUGGUCCUGCUGGAGAGAAGGGGAAACUUGGCGUGCCAGGACUGCCUGGCUACCCAGGCAGGCAGGGCCCAAAGGGCUCAAUUGGGUUCCCAGGAUUUCCCGGAGCCAACGGCGAGAAGGGCACCCGGGGGACACCUGGCAAACCAGGGCCAAGGGGGCAGCGUGGUCCAACGGGUCCACGUGGGGAAAGAGGCCCUAGGGGAAGCACUGGGAAACCCGGCCCAAAGGGCAACUCUGGUGGUGACGGGCCCCCUGGUCCUCCUGGAGAAAGGGGACCACCAGGGCCUCAAGGAUCAACUGGAUUUCCUGGACCCAAAGGUCCCCCUGGUCCUCCUGGGAAGGAUGGAUUGCCUGGACACCCUGGGCAGAGAGGAGAGACUGGUUUCCAAGGCAAGACAGGCCCUCCAGGACCCCCUGGUGUUGUAGGCCCUCAGGGUCCAACUGGUGAGACUGGGCCGAUGGGUGAGCGGGGCCAUCCAGGCCCUCCAGGUCCCCCAGGUGAACAAGGUCUUCCUGGACUCACUGGCAAAGAAGGGACCAAGGGGGACCCUGGACCCGCUGGCCUCCCAGGGAAGGAUGGUCCCCCCGGCUUGCGAGGCUUCCCUGGGGAGAGAGGUCUCCCCGGCCCCAUUGGUCCUACCGGGCUGAAAGGCAACGAGGGUCCCCCAGGCCCCCCCGGCCCCGCAGGCUCCCCUGGCGAGCGUGGUCCUGCAGGAUCAGCUGGCCCCAUAGGCUUGCCAGGGAGACCUGGCCCUCAAGGACCUCUGGGACCUGCAGGUGAAAAAGGAGCCCCAGGAGAGAAGGGUCCUCAAGGACCAGCUGGCCGAGAUGGCAUCCAGGGCCCCGUGGGACUGCCAGGUCCAGCAGGUCCUGUCGGCCCCCCCGGGGAGGAUGGAGACAAGGGGGAGAUCGGGGAGCCUGGCCAGAAGGGCAGCAAGGGUGACAAAGGGGAGCAGGGUCCACCAGGUCCUACCGGCCCACAGGGUCCAAUUGGGCAGCCUGGCCAAGCUGGUGCUGAUGGAGAGCCAGGUCCCAGAGGACAGCAAGGCCUCUUUGGUCAGAAAGGUGAUGAAGGACCCCGAGGUUUCCCUGGUCCCCCUGGCCCGGUGGGCUUGCAGGGCUUGCCUGGGCCACCUGGUGAGAAGGGAGAAACAGGGGACGUUGGGCAAAUGGGCCCCCCAGGCCCACCUGGACCCAGAGGUCCAUCUGGACCACCAGGAGCAGAUGGUCCACAAGGUCCUCCUGGUGGAAUAGGAAAUCCUGGUGCAGUAGGAGAGAAGGGUGAACCUGGUGAAUCUGGUGAGCCUGGGCUGCCUGGCGAGGUUGGCCUCCCGGGUCCUAAAGGUGAAAGGGGUGAAAAGGGUGAAGCAGGUCCCUCUGGUGCUGCUGGUCCACCUGGCCCCAAAGGUCCACCAGGAGAUGAUGGUCCCAAAGGCAGCCCUGGUCCAGUUGGUUUCCCUGGUGACCCUGGUCCUCCUGGAGAACCUGGUCCAGCUGGUCAGGAUGGUCCUCCUGGUGACAAAGGUGAUGAUGGAGAACCUGGACAGACUGGUUCCCCUGGUCCCACAGGAGAGCCAGGCCCCUCUGGCCCCCCAGGAAAAAGGGGCCCUCCUGGUCCAGCUGGUCCCGAAGGAAGGCAAGGAGAGAAAGGAGCCAAGGGUGAAGCUGGUUUGGAAGGACCUCCAGGGAAGACUGGCCCAAUUGGUCCCCAAGGUGCUCCAGGGAAGCCUGGCCCUGAUGGCCUUCGAGGGAUCCCUGGUCCAGUCGGUGAACAAGGUCUCCCAGGAUCCCCUGGCCCAGAUGGUCCUCCAGGCCCACUGGGCCCUCCGGGUUUGCCUGGCCUUAAAGGAGACUCUGGCCCCAAAGGGGAGAAGGGUCAUCCAGGUUUAAUUGGCCUUAUUGGACCACCAGGAGAGCAGGGAGAAAAGGGUGACAGAGGUCUCCCAGGCCCCCAGGGCUCAGCAGGACCCAAAGGAGAGCAGGGUAUCACAGGUCCCUCUGGACCAAUUGGACCUCCAGGGCCACCAGGAUUACCGGGUCCACCUGGUCCCAAAGGUGCUAAAGGAUCAUCAGGUCCAACAGGUCCAAAGGGUGAAUCUGGGCUUCCUGGACCCCCAGGGCCUCCUGGUCCUCCUGGAGAAGUCAUCCAGCCACUGCCCAUCCAGUCUUCCAAGAGGACCAGGCGAAACAUCGACGCCAGCCAGCUGCUGGACGAGGGAAAUGCUGACAACUACAUGGACUAUGCAGAUGGCAUGGAAGAAAUUUUCGGCUCUCUGAAUUCCUUGAAACUGGAAAUUGAACAAAUGAAGCAUCCCUUGGGCACUCAACAUAACCCAGCACGUACCUGCAAGGAUCUGCAGCUCUGUCACCCCGAUUUCCCAGAUGGUGAAUACUGGGUUGAUCCUAACCAAGGAUGUUCCAGGGACUCUUUCAAAGUUUACUGUAAUUUCACAGCUGGUGGAGAGACGUGUAUCUUCCCUGAUAAGAAAUCUGAAGGAGCUAGAAUUACUUCUUGGCCAAAGGAAAACCCAGGCUCCUGGUUCAGUGAAUUCAAGCGGGGUAAACUGCUCUCCUACGUGGAUUCGGACGGGAACCCCAUCGGCGUGGUGCAGAUGACGUUCCUCAGGCUCCUGAGUGCCUCGGCCCACCAGAACAUCACCUACAACUGCUACCAGUCUGUAGCCUGGCACGAUGCCACCACCAACAGCUACGACAAGGCCAUCCGCUUCCUGGGCUCCAACGAUGAGGAGAUGUCCUAUGACAACAACCCCUACAUCCGAGCCACCGCCGACGGCUGCGCGGUACGUGGCAGGAGUUGGGGGUGUCCAGAUCUGUAACCAGUGGAGUCCCCCAGGGAUCAAACCUGGGUCCAAUCCUGUUCAACAUCUUCAUUAAGGACCUGGGUGAUGGUGCAG